AUGACUAGAUUUACUAAAGAAUCUCUUAAUAUUCUUAAAUUAGAUAUGUUAACUGUUAUCCAAGCUUUGCAGAGAGGCCUUCACCUUGGAUCCAAAUUCCAAAAAGACCUUAUAAUGACCCCAUGCAGAAACUUGGAUGAGGCAAAGGCUAGAGCAGCAAGAUUCAUCGGACUUGAAGAAAAUGAAUUAACAACAGCAAAACUGGAUGCCUUGUCUUACGAUCGACCAAAUCAUAGGACUGACACUCCAGCCUUCAAUCAAAGGCAUAAACCAUAUACGAGGCAUGAUAAGAAUCAAAUCAAUGUUGUUGAAGAAGAAGAAGGGAAUGAAUACCCUACAUUAUCCACAUAUUGUUUCACUAUCGGUAUACCUGGUUUGAUAAUGGCAAUGAGAAACCUUGGAGAUAAGGUCAGAUGGCCACAAAAGAAAAAUAACGAUGGUUAUUUCAAGAAAAAGGAUACCAGUCAAUGGUGUGCUUACCAUGAAGACUUUGGUCACAUCACUGAAGACUGUAAAAUGCCGAGAAAGGAAAGAUGUACACUCUUAUCCAAAGGGUACUUGACAGAGUUAAUGGGUAGAAAGAAGGCUAAAGACAUAGAUGGCAUGGACUUCACCAAACCAAAACCUACCCAAAAAGCAGAUGCCCCACCAGCAAAUGCUAAAAUGAUCAACACCAUUUCUGGAGGAUCAGAAGUUUGUGGAACAAGUUAUUCAGCAGCCAAAAGAUUUGCAAAACAGAAUAACGCAGAAAAAGGAGAAAAGAACGUGAAGAAAGCUUCUAUCUCGAACUCAGAUAUUAUCUCCUUUGAAGAUGACGACUUUGAUGACAUUAUAGAGCCUCAUCACGAUGGUUUGGUCGUUACUCUCUUUAUUGCUAACCAUUUUGUUCGCAGGAUUCUAAUAGAUAAUGGAAGCUCUGUGAAUAUAAUCAAAUUGGAGACGCUUAAAAGAAUGGACAUCUCUGAAGACAACAUUAUCUGCAAAAUCUCUCCUUUAAUUGGCUUCAGUGGAAAAACCAAAUAUACUGUGGGAGAAAUUAAGUUACCAGUAUAUGUGGAAGGAUUAAACUCCAUGAAAAAAUUUUGCUUGGUAGAUGUUCUCCCAGGUUGUAACAUCAUCCUAGGGAGACCAUGGAUUCAUGAAAUGAGGGCAGUGCCAUCGACAUACCAUCAAUGUGUCAAAAUUCCAACACCUUGGGGAGUUGUUACUGUUAAGGGUGAUCAACAAGAAGCAAAAGAAUGUUAUACAUCAAGUAUGAAGUCAGCAUCAAAGCCUACUGCCCAAUAG